UAACAGUCACCGCCUAACGCGCCUUCUUCUCUUUUUCAUCUCUUGACUCUUCAUUAUUAUAAGCUUUUUCUUUCUUUCUACAAUUGUUAGCUCUUCCCAAAACCUGACUGCAAUUACUGAGCCUCUUCCUCUUUUACAAUCUCACAAUGGCAGUUGGAGGCGGUGCUGCCAAGUCCGACGACUUCGCACCUUUUCCCGUCAAGGAUCAGCUCCCUGGUGUCGACUUUUGCGUUUCCAGCUCUCCUUCUUGGCCUGAGGCCAUCGUUUUAGGAUUUCAGCAUUACCUAGUGAUGCUUGGAACUUCUGUGAUCAUUCCUUCAAUAAUCGUUCCUUUGAUGGGUGGUGGCAAUGUGGAAAAGGCUGAGCUGAUCAGUACUUUGCUUUUUGUUGCUGGAAUAAACACUCUCUUGCAAACUUGGUUUGGCACGCGACUCCCAGUGGUGUUUGGAGGAUCCUAUGCUUUCAUUAUCCCUACAAUCUCCAUUGUCUUGUCUAAUAACAAUAACAACAACAAUGAAUUUCUCAGUCCCCAUCAGAGGUUUGAACAAUCCAUGCAAGCUAUACAAGGAGCACUUAUCAUUGCGGCAUUCUUUCAAAUGGUUAUUGGUUUCUUUGGGUUCUGGAGAAUUUUUGCAAGAUUUCUUAGCCCUCUUGCUGCUGUUCCUCUUGUGACUCUCACUGGACUUGGGCUUUAUGCACAUGGAUUUCCACAACUGGCGAAAUGUGUUGAAAUUGGACUUCCAGCAUUGGUUUUAGUGGUAUUCUUAUCUCAGUUUCUUCCUCAUAUGAUGAAAUCAAAAGGAAUCAUACUGGAUAGAUUUGCAGUCCUUUUCUCUGUUGCAGUUGUAUGGGCUUUUGCAGAAGUUUUGACAGUGGCUGGUGCAUAUGAUAAUAAACCUCCAAACACACAGUUUAGCUGCCGUACUGAUCGUUCUGGGCUACUUAGCGCUGCUCCUUGGAUAAGAGUUCCAUAUCCAUUUCAAUGGGGAGGUCCUACUUUUGCUGCUGGUGAUACUUUUGCAAUGAUGGCUGCUUGUUUUGUUGCUGUUGUUGAGUCUACUGGAACAAUCAUUGCAGCAUCAAGAUAUGGCAGUGCUACUCCAAUACCACCUUCUGUACUCAGCCGUGGUAUUGGCUGGCUGGGACUGGGAACUUUGCUGGCUGGAGCUUUUGGUACAGGAAGUGGCUCCACUGCUUCUGUUGAAAAUGCUGGUCUUUUAGGAUUAACAAGAGUUGGAAGUCGGAGAGUUGUUCAAAUAUCAGCAGGCUUUAUGCUUUUCUUCUCUGUUUUAGGAAAAUUUGGGGCUCUACUUGCUUCCAUACCCUUGCCAAUUAUGGCUGCUCUCUACUGUGUUCUCUUCGCAUAUGUUUGUUCAGCUGGUCUUGGAUUUCUCCAGUUUUGCAACCUGAAUAGCUUCAGGACAAAGUUUAUCCUUGGCUUUUCUCUCUUCAUGGGCCUUUCUGUGCCACAAUACUUCAAUGAAUAUCUAUUAAUUUCUGGACGUGGCCCUGUUCAUACUGGUGCCAUCUGGUUCAACAGCAUAAUGCAAGUGAUUUUCUCAUCUCCGGCAACGGUGGCAAUAAUAGUUGCAUUUUUCUUGGACUGCACUCACAGUCUGAGGGACAGCUCAACCCGACGAGACAGCGGUAGGCACUGGUGGAGGAAGUUCAGAAAUUUUGAUCAAGAUAUUAGAAGUGAAGAGUUCUAUUCACUUCCUUACAAGCUUAACAGGUUCUUCCCUUCAUUUUAACUUUGAAGCAAUAGCUUUCCAGGCAAAGAAAGUGGUAAAAGUAUGGAGUAUUGUCAAUUUAUUGCAUCCUUGCAACAAAUUGAAUGUCUUAUCAAAUGCAGAUAUUAGAAAGGAAAUUUAUAUAGGGUAGUUUAAGCCAGGGAUUCAGACUUCUGGCUUAGCUUGUGAUUAGAGUAUUAUAGAUAUUCAUGUAUGUAGAAAGAAAACAAAACAAUGAUGGGGUUAAUUCUUUUUCCUCGAACGACCACAUGUAAUAGCCUUUUAAACUAUGAUGCAGUUUUAUUUAUUUGUUUAUUCUUGG